AGGUAACCGAAAUAUUAAACUGCUUCCUUGCUAAGUGUACGUCCGAUUUACGUCUGGAAAUUAGUGCUAGACACCAGUUUUAAAAACGCUUGCGCAGUAGGAAAUUUACAUCAAAAUGUCACGUUAUUCAAGGCCUCCAAAUACGUCUUUAUAUGUCAGAAAUGUUAACGAAGGAGCAAGGGAAGAUGAAAUGAGAGCGAUGUUUGGUAAAUAUGGACCAUUGAAAGAUGUCUAUAUACCAUUAGACUAUUAUUCUAGGCUACCUAGAGGAUUUGCAUAUAUUCAAUUUGAAGAUCCUAGAGAUGCUGAUGAUGCACUUUAUCACUUAGACAGAACUAGAUACCAGGGCAGAGAAUUGGAGAUAGAAUUUGCUAGGGGAGAUAGAAAAUCACCAGGUCAGAUGAGAACAAAAGAUAGACCAUACCAUGGAUCUCGUUAUGAUGAUCAUGAUAGAAGGAGGUCACAUAGAUCACACAGCAGAAGCCCAAAAAGGUCACGAAGAUCCCGAUCAAGAUCCAGAACACCAGAAAGAAGAAGAUCAAGAUCAAGGUCUUAUGACAGAAGGAGGAGGUCAAGGAGCAGAAGUUACAAAAGGAAGUCAUACAGUAGGUCAAAGAGCAGGUCAUAUGACAGACAGAGAAGUAGAGACAGAUCACGUUCAUACAGUCGAUCACCAUCACCAAGGGAGAAUGGAGCACCAUAAAUAUUGAAUGGACAUUAUAAUCAUCUUGGAUACAUGACAUUUCAUUGUAAUAUAAGAGAAGAACAAGUUCAAAGUGUAUAAAAUAAGAACAUAGACAAGAAGCCAAAAUUUGUUUAUAUUUUAUGUUUUACAUGUUUUAUGUUAGGUUUUAUCAAGGAAAGAAUAUCUUUGGACAAGUUUUACAUAAACAGCUUAUUGAGAAUAAAAUUUUGAUAUUAGUAAAACAUUGACAAUAAAGCUGUACAGUUAAAGGA